ACGCUUGUCGAUGGCAAUCCCGCAAAGGAAAUUAAAAACGUAAACAAACACCACGGAGGGCGAUCUUCGCUCCUCGUUUUCCUUAAAUUUAACAUCAAACACACAGCCAGCACAAUGGAAAACAUACUGGAACCAAGCAGCUCGGACGACAACAUGCCGUCGGAUAACAAGAAGGAUCUGCAAUCGCUGCUCUCCUCGGAGGACGACUUCUUCGAUCCGCCCCCAUCAUCGAGCCGCCGGGAUUCGUCUGGCAAUGAAGAUAAACCGGACUUACGGACCGACUUCGAGGACAUCAUCAUGCCGGAAAUGGGACACGAUAAUAGCAUACUGAUGGUGAAGGACCAGAAAGACCGCGAGCGUGACAAGCGCAAGGAAACCAAGAGCAAGCGCGAGCUGGAGGAGGAGGAGCGCGAAAAGAUGCAGGUGCUUGUCUCUAAUUUCACCGAAGAGCAGCUGGAUCGGUACGAAAUGUAUCGCCGGGCGGCAUUUCCCAAGGCAGCCGUCAAGCGUCUGAUGCAAACCAUCACCGGUUGUUCCGUAUCGCAAAAUGUGGUCAUUGCCAUGUCCGGCAUAGCGAAAGUGUUCGUCGGAGAGGUCGUAGAGGAGGCACUGGACGUGAUGGAAAAGGCUGGCGAGACGGGGGCCAUUCAGCCGAAGUAUUUACGUGAAGCGGUUCGACGGCUGCGGAACAAAGGGCACAUCCCGACUGGCCGAGGGCACAAACAGUUUUUCAAACUCAAUUAGUGCUGUAGAGAAAUAUAUUAUCCCUUUUUUAUGCUAUCCUUGGACUAAACAAAAAAAUAAAACAUUUGAAAUUGUUUGGAUGACAAAA